AUAUAAUCCAUCUCUCUCCCCAUUUCUCAAUCUCCGCCUACUGGCAAAGAUCUUUUUCACUUUCACACUUUUCUUCUCUCCUUCAAUUCCUUCCUUCUCUUCUCUCAGUCUGAGAAAACAAGGAGGCAGCCUCCUCUGCUCUGCUCUUUCGCUCAUUCAGUGAGCGACAUCCUUCGGCAAAUGCAGAACGACACCCCCUACGCCGCCGGUGGCGGCAGCAACAUUGCCGUUUCUCCACCUCCCCUAUCACAACAAUCACAAAUUAAGAAGCCGUCUCCAACACCUCAAAAGCAAUCCGACGGAAGAAGUAGCCUGAACUCGCUCUAUUCCAUCUUCUCUUCAGAAACAUCUCUGUCGAACUCCGUCUCACUCUCUCCUUCCGGCUGCUCCUGCGAUGGAGAUACUAGCAACGCAAUCACCACGGAAAAUCGCCUCUACCUCGUCGGUCUCACCUUAGAAUACCAACAGUUGGUAAAUCGGUACGGUUUAUGCCUCAAGAAUCUCCAAGAAACCGCCAAUGAAGUCGAAGCUCUUCGUCAAGAAAACGCUAAACUCCGGAUGGCCAACAAAGAUCUGACCAUGCGUUUGAGCAUCUUGACUCAAGCUUCACUCCAGAGCUUAACACAGGCUUCUCUCCAAAACUUGUGCAAUCCCUCUAGUCUUCCAUCUCUUUCCAUGAUUGAUGAAUUUCGCCGUCUCUGCGUUGGAGAUAACUUGCGAAACAGUAGCGUUUCGGGCGAAAUUUCGGAUUCUAGUCCAACGAGUGUUAUCGGGAGUAAUCAAUUUGAAAGUAGCACCAAUCGCGUUUCGCUGCCGAAGAGUAUCUCGGUUCGUUCAAGUGGUUACUUGAAGAUGAAUCAAGCUGGCGGGAGCAGUGGAAGCUCCACUCGCAACAACCGCCUUCGCGUUGCAAGUCCCGUCGUCAGUGAAACACAGCGUGUGUAUGUGCCGAGAGGGAAGGAGGAAGACGUGCUGGAGUUCGAGGUCUACAACCAAGGGAUGUUCAAGACGGAGCUUUGCAACAAGUGGCAGGAAACUGGGACAUGUCCGUAUGGGGAGCACUGCCAGUUUGCUCACGGCAUUGGCGAACUCCGCCCGGUUAUCCGACACCCGCGGUACAAGACUGAGGUCUGCCGGAUGGUGUUAGCCGGUGAAACUUGCCCAUACGGCCACCGCUGCCACUUCCGUCAUGCGCUCACUGAACAGGAGAAGCUGGUGGGACACAUUUAGUUAGAUCGACGGCGCAGCAGAGAUCAAUGUAAUGAUGCCAAUACAGGGAGAGAAGGAAAACAAAGGAGCAGUAACAUUGAACAAGUUGAGAUGUAUGUAUAGUUCCAGUGAUAAGAAAAAGCACUAAUAAUAACCAUGAUAAGAAUAAUUAGUAUAACAAAGAAAUAUAAAUAUAAUAAUAUCUAGGGGGUAUGGGUGGAUUAAUGGUUGUAUGAAUUGAAUAAUUGUUGAGAGAAUUGUAAAUGCCAGCGGUGGGGUUGGAAGUAGAGACAGAUUAAACUCUAUUCUUUCAGUUUUGGGCAGGGGUUCGUGAUUGUGUAACACAGCUGCUGCAGCCUUUUUUUUCAUUCUUUUUCUCGUUUUCGAGGAAC